CCCAGCUGUAGCCGUCGCUCACAGAAAACCCAAGCUGGGAACUGUGUGUCUCUAUCCCCUUAGUUCUCCUUGUCUGCCUUUCAUAGUCUCCUCUAUUGAGACUUCCUCCUUUUGUGCAUUUCCAAGUUGCCUCUAUUGGGACCUCUACCAAACAUCUGGGUGGAAGCUGCACAUAUGGCUUCCCGGAAGGUCUGGAUGCUGGCCCUUCUUUUGGCCCUCCUCUGUUCGUUCCAGCUCCCUAAAGUAGAGGGACAGGAACACGAACAUCACCAUCAUGACCAUGGCAAAGCAGAGCACCAAAGCCAUGAGGAUGAACACCAUCUUCACAAGGAACAUGACUACCAUGGGCAUCACAAUCAGUACAGUAAUGAUGAUGAUGAUGACGACGACGACGACGACGACGAUGACGAUCACCAUCAUGAAGCCGGGCAUCACCAAGAAAGCCAUCAUUCCCACAAAGAUCAUCAUGGUGAUGACAGCGAUGACACUGGCCACAGUGCACAUCAUCAUCAUCAUCAUGAACAUCACAGCAGCCAUCACCAUCAUGAUGAUGGGGACGAUGAUGAUGAUGAUGAUGAUGAAGAUGAACAUCACCACCAUCAUCAUGAGCAUCACGGUGAACAUCAUCAUCAGCACCAUGAUGAUGAUGACGAUGACGAUGAUGACGACGAUGAUGACAAUGAAGAUGAACAUCAUCACCACCAUCAUGAACAUCACGGCAAGCACCACCACCAUCAUGAUGAUGAUGACGACGACGAUGAGAAUGAUGAUGAUGAUGACGACGACGAGGAUGACCACCAUCACCAUAAGCAUCAUGGCAAUCAUCACCAACACCAUCAUCAUGGUGAUCACCACCAUGAAAAUGAUGACGAUGAUGAUGAUGACGAUGACAGUGAUGACAAAGAGCAUAGCCGGCAUCACCAUCAUCACCAUGACGAUGACAAUGAUGACGAUGAUGAUGAUGAUGAUGACGAUGAUGACGAACCUCAUGGCCAUCAUCACCAUGGUGGCCAUCAUCACCACAAUAAAGAAGAGGAUGAUGACGAUGACGACGAUGAUGAUGACAAUGAUGAUGAUGAUGACGACGAUGACAAAGAACACCACCAUCACCACCACCACCACCAUCACCCUGGUGAUAAUGAAGAAAAGUCUGAUGAAGAUGCUUCUAAGAAAGAAGAUAAGCAUAAAGGUCACAAAGAAAAGCAUCACAAACAUGAAAAGGCCAAGAAACAUCAUGAAGAAGAUGAUGAUGACGAUGAUGACGAUGAUGAUGACGAUGACGACGAUGACGAUGAUGACGAUGAGGAAUAUGAGGCAGGGUCUGUUUGCCACUACUGUACCUUUUGCAAGCAUUGUGAUGAGUGUGACAAAUGUCCCUGUAAAGAAGGAGAUACCAGUGAACACUGUGCAAGCUGUCAGUACUGUCAUUUCUGUUACAUUUGCCCUGUUUGUGAGACAGCCUGUACACCAGGGAGCAUCGUAGAUGAAUUAUCAGGAGCCUUAUUUCAGACAAUUGCCACCAUUUUCGAGCAGCAACAGCACUGAAGCGCCCCCUGCUGGAGAGGACAAAACUGGAGAGGAAAGAGACAGUAACCCUUGACCUUUAGGGUCAAAAUGCACCAGAUGCUUCCACGAUUGU